CCUGUGGCUAGUGUGUGGGGAGGAUCAAUGACAAGACUCUCGGGCGGGUUAUUCCCUUACUAAUAAGAGGCCGCUAUAUUACGGUGGCAGCUGUUGCAUGCUGGAAUAGAGGCUCACAGUGCAUGGAGUCCUGCUCUGCUCAGCCCAGACUCAAGACGUCAGUACUUCCAUCAUUUAUUUUAUGCAAAUUACUGUCCUUCACAAAAUUAAGUGGUAUGGCGAGUGGAGGUGGGGACAGGCUGCGAGUGGUGACGGCGGAGAACCUGCGGCACAAAAUGGAUGCUCUCGUGUCUGACCUUUCACACGCCCUGGAUGAAUCUCAACUUCCACAAUACCACCGCAAGAGACGUGGGUUCAAACGGCGUGUCAAGUUAGCUAACAAUCUAAGUUUAUCUACGAACCGUGCACUGAGCGAAGAUUCGUCUAGCAGUAUCGGUGAAGUUGUUCUCUCUCAGGAUAACAAAUCCUCAAUACCUCUCACGGAUUCUGAUGAUAUGAGUCCCCCUCCUGAGCUACGCCACCGCACCCAACUUUUGACACAUCAAAGAGCGCCUUCAAACCUCGCAGAAUCUGACUCAGUCAAUGAGAACUUCUCACCAGCUCGGCCUCACAAUCGCAGUGUCAACCCUUUCUUAUGUAGGAAGAGGAAAUGCAAGAGGUUGGCCUUGGACCCUGAUGCACCAUCCACCUCCACCACACAAGCCUCAUCUGGACUGCCCAUGGCUAAGCCCACAGCCAUUGCCUCAGCUAUCUUAUCCGGAGCUUCAAACGGUCGCAGGAAGAAAGUUCUAAGACCAUCGCCUGACUCCGAGUGCCGGUAUCUAGCAAUAUCUGCUGGUAAACGGAAGCGGGGCAGAGAACGCAGCGUGGAGUGGUGUGGCGGGCAGCACGUGUCACACAGCAAGCGUCAUGGAUCAUCGUCAAGUCACUUUCACAACCUACGAGUCCACCGGGCAUCCCAACCAAGCACUGAGGACAGCAUGGAAUAUGAUCACUCAGAUGAUGCUAAUAUGGAACACAGCAGCAGUGAAAGCAGCACUGAGAGCGAGACUGGUAUUUAUACGUGUGAUGAAGGCAGGGAAGCGGAUGACGAGCAGAGCGAUUGGUUUGCUGAACCAGAUCCUGUGUAUGGGGUUCCUGGUUCAACGAACACACCUCGGCAGAGAAAUGCUUCAAAUCGUCUCUCCUGGUGGAAUGACAAUGAAUUUGGUCUCUCAUCAUCUGCUAAGGCUCUGUUCAAAGAGAGGUAUGAGACAAUGUCCGUGGAGAACCAACAAGCCUGCAGACUCAGAUUCCAAAAGCUGAGAGAGAGGCUUUUGAGACGUGAAAUUCGUGCUGGACGUAGAAGAAUACGAGACAGGAAGCCCGGUUUCAGUAUAGUAUCGUCAGUGAAUGAUAAAGUCUCGCGAUUCUUGCAGGACCCAAGGCAAUCAGAGCUACGAUUAAAGCCAAUGACCGACAAAGAUCGUGACCAGCUAAACCACCUGGCUGAUUUGUACUCUCUCACCAUCCGUAGCAGCGAUGACCAAACGGCUCCUAUACUCACCAAGACCAGGUGUGUGGCUCAACAUAGGAAUUGCCAAGGGAAUACCAUUACGAAACAGAGACUGGAAGCAGAUGGGGAAACCUUGGCUUGUGGUGGCUCCUUCCCAGGUGGUUUACCUGUACCACUCAGUGACUUGAAACGACGCAGACGCACACCACCUCCACCUACUAACAACCUAACUGAGGGCAGCAAUGAUUCAGUGGAGAGUAUCUCCAAUAGUGCAGGUUUGUCAGGAACCAUGUGUCGUCCUCCAGUGCCCAGUGUCAGUUGGGAUGAUGAUGUUGGUGACUGUUGUGCCGAUUCACUCUCUGAGCGUUUGGCUGAUUCCGAGCCUGAACCACUUCCCUCCCCAACAUCUCUUGGCCUUCACGAUUGCACUCUCUAAAUUACACUUCAUAAUACUGUUGUCAUACCUCACUGCCAUAUUUCAUAGUAUUUAUAUUUCAUCUAAUUUUGAAAUGCCUACUGAUCAUUUCAUCUUCACCACUCUUUAAAAUUUAACAUUCAAGCUUUAGAGGAUUUUCCUAAUUACCAGUGACUCUCUUCCUUCUUCACAUUGUUUGUAUCAUAUGGAGUACUUACAGCUAGGGAAAAAAAUUAUUUUCCUACUCUGGAAACAACUUUUAUGUUACUGGUUGAUGAAGUUUUGUAUUCUCUUUAACCCUUUGGCUGUGAAAAACCAGUAGUGCUCUGCUGUAGAGGCUGCAAUAGCCAGCAGGCUGUCAAUAUUUUAGCUGUGCUUCAGUACACACACUGUCAUCAUGAAGGAAGUAUGGUUCAUCUCCUAGUAACCCAGAGCCAUUCACGUCACACAGUAAAGGAGCUCUUCACCGUGGCUGCACCAAACUAGAUAUAUGAUUCAUUCUUUCAUUUCCCAGUAUACACACUGAGUCUAUUUGGGGAAGAGAAAAAUACAUUUUUUAACAAUUUUAAUUUUUCUUGACGAUUGUGAAUACAGUCUGAGCCACCUCAAAGAUGACUUUCGGCUCUUCCUCCUGGAACAACCAAGAUAGAUAAAUUAUUUAUUUUUCAUUUCCCAUUAACCUGUGUAUAUAUAUAUAUAUAUAUAUAUAUAUAUAUAUAUAUAUAUAUAUAUAUAUAUAUAUAUAUAUAUAUAUAUAUAUAUAUAUAUAUAUAUAUAUAUAUAUAUAUAUAUAUACACACAGUAUAAUUUUUAUUUUCCCCCCCCACAAUAAAUUUACUGGAAACUGCAGCCGAAGGGUUUUAAGAUCAACCAGCUACAUUAUCUCAAUUUGGGAUACAUGAAGCUGUUUUUUGUUAUACAGUUUACACUAUUUAUAUGAGAUAUAUAGACAAAUAUAGUUUGCUAAAGCCUACUAGUGAUGAAUGUGUAAUGAUGGAACUGUUUGGUAAUAGAAAUUAAUUUGGAUUGAGAAUAAUCCAGUUUAUUGAAAAUAUAUAAAAAUAUAUAUAACUAAUGUAUGGUGACAUAUUUAAUUAUUUACCACACAAAAAUAAUGUCCCCCUCCAGGGUGUCCCCCUCAAUACUUUCUGCCUGCCAUCACUGAUUGUAAUUUACUGAGGUGUUUGCCUUCCCUACUGAUAUUUUGUUUCAGUAUAAACCACAGAAUUUUCCUUGCUGAGCAGCUGUAAUAGGAAGCUGCAGAACAUGUAAACUAUAAGAGACCGUACCUGUUUUAUUGUUUAUGGAUAUGUAUAGCAGUAACUGUAGAGUGAUGGGAUGAAGGAAAAUGAGUUUGUUUUUUGCUCUUAAUUCCAGUUACAAUGAAAAAGCCUAAACAAAGUAAAGGGAGAUUACAUGUCUUAACACUGCUCUGUCUGUUAUCAAAUUUCCUGUUUAUGUAUCAACUUAUGAGAGUGCAUAAUGAUACAAAGUCAUAUGUCUGUUUGUCAGUUAUUCUUUAUUUAGCACAAAAUAACACCUUCACUUUGUAUUGAGAAAUGAAGGUAUGUGAAAAGACUUGGUGUAUGAUUUUCAUAAUUAUGUCGAUGAAAGGAAUAUUGAGGUUUUGAAUAGUGUAAGGAAAAGCAAAUGAUAAAGUAAAAAAAAAAGAGAAAUGGGAACCUUUGAAACGGUGAGAAGUUUAAAAA